CUCAUCUUCCUCUCCUUCAUUCUAUCGAUUCCUUACGAAUCUUCUCCUUGUUUAUAUACUUAGAUUUUUCUGUUCUUUUUUGUUUUGAUUGGGUUUGAAUUAGUUAGAUCAAUGUGACGUGAUUUCUCUCCAAGGAAUCUUUUACUCAAUAAUGGAGCAAUCUGAAAUUGUGGUUGCAUAAUCCAUUAGUAAACGUCACAAAGCAAUAGGGUAAGCCUGAAGACGUUGAUGGAGCUCUAGGGCUUCUCCGUCUUUAGGUAUUUGCUAAUGGCUCUCAUAUUCCAUUGCCUUGCGGAGCGGCGUCGCUGCUUUUACCGUUUGGGACCGGCCAUGAGAUCUAUAUUCCUCUGUUUUUUUUGUUCAAUUUCGAUUUAUCUAAUUAGUUAAAGAGAUGGGGGAAGAAGCAGCGAAAACAGAGGAGAUAAAUUUCACAGAGGUGUGGACGACACAUGGGAGACCCCUUACAUUAUGCGGCUGGCUCUCUCAGCUGGUAUUGGAGGACUCCUCUUCGGGUACAACACGGGAGUCAUCGCAGGGGCUCUUCUCUACAUAAAAGAGGAGUUUGGUGACGUAGACAACAAGACAUGGCUCCAGGAGAUCAUUGUGAGCAUGACCGUGGCUGGAGCCAUUGUUGGAGCAGCUAUAGGAGGAUGGUACAACGAUAAGUUUGGUAGGAGGAUGUCCGUUCUUAUUGCGGAUGUGCUCUUCCUGGCGGGUGCCCUGGUGAUGGUGGUCGCUCAUGCGCCGUGGGUCAUCAUCCUCGGCAGACUCUUAGUGGGUUUUGGGGUUGGUAUGGCUUCCAUGACCUCACCACUUUACAUAUCUGAGAUGUCUCCUGCGAGAAUCAGAGGCGCCUUGGUCAGCACCAACGGACUUCUCAUCACCGGAGGACAGUUUCUGUCGUAUCUCAUCAACCUCGCCUUCGUCCAUACACCGGGUACAUGGAGGUGGAUGUUAGGAGUCUCGGCGAUUCCAGCAAUCAUUCAGUUCUGUCUCAUGCUAACACUACCAGAGUCUCCGCGGUGGCUCUACAGAAAUGAUAGGAAAGCCGAGUCAAGAGACAUCCUCGAGAGAAUAUACCCGGCAGAGAUGGUUGAAGCGGAGAUAGCUGCACUCAAGGAGUCUGUCCUGGCAGAGACGGCCGACGAGGAUAUUAUUGGCCAUACCUUCUCCGAUAAACUCAGAGGCGCUCUCUCAAAUCCAGUUGUCCGCCACGGCCUGGCCGCUGGUAUCACUGUCCAGGUCGCCCAGCAGUUUGUGGGAAUCAACACAGUCAUGUACUACAGUCCCACUAUUCUGCAGUUUGCAGGUUUUGCAUCCAACAAGACAGCCAUGGCUCUUGCUCUCAUAACCUCCGGUCUCAAUGCAGUGGGGUCGGUAGUAAGCAUGAUGUUUGUAGACCGUUAUGGUCGGCGCAAGCUUAUGAUCGUUUCCAUGUUCGGGAUCAUAUCUUGUCUUGUCAUGUUGGCUGCCGUCUUCAAUGAAGCCUCAAACAACGCUCCCAAGAUCGAUAAGAGAGACUCCAGAAAUUUUGCUCGAAAUGCUACUUGUCCCGCAUUUGCCCCAUUCACAGCCUUCCGUGCUCCUCCCUCCAACUGGAACUGUAUGAAGUGUCUUAGAUACGAUUGCGGAUUCUGCGCCAACGGAGCAUAUGAGUACGCACCUGGAGCCUGCGUUGUUCAGUCUGCUGAUAUGAAGGCAUUGUGCCACUCUAAAGGUCGAACCUUCUUCAAAGACGGAUGCCCCAGCAAGUUCGGGUACCUGGCCAUCGUCUUCCUCGGCCUUUACAUCAUUGUGUACGCGCCCGGUAUGGGCACAGUUCCAUGGAUUGUCAACUCAGAGAUCUAUCCUCUUCGCUACAGAGGGCUUGCGGGAGGAAUCGCUGCAGUCUCAAACUGGAUGUCGAAUCUCGUCGUGAGUGAGACGUUCCUGACACUGACGCACGCGGUCGGGUCAUCAGGAACUUUCCUUCUAUUUGCAGGGUCCUCAGCAAUCGGGCUGUUCUUCAUCUGGCUACUUGUGCCUGAGACCAAAGGGCUUCAGUUUGAGGAAGUGGAGAAGUUGUUAGAAGGAGGGUUUAGGCCUAGUUUGCUGCGGCCGACGACCAGGGAAAAUCAAGUGUUAACGCCUUAGCAGGUUUCUCUUGUCUUUUUGGUUUUGGGAAUCGAAGAAAUAUGAGUCGUGAUCAUCCUUUUGCUUAUUGAAAGUUUGAGAUUUGAUGGUUUCUUAUUGAUUCACUUUGAAUUAAAGUGAGAUCAGAAACUUAAUUUAUGAAUCUCGUUGUAGACUCAAGAUUAAGGGCUUGGUCUAACAAUGUUGUGUAUCUGUAACCUAAUCAAUUUCAUUGUGUCAU